AUGGAAAAAACUAAUAUUUCUCAUAUACUUCAUCAACUUAAACAAGAUUAUCUUAACACUGCUCAAUCCUAUGUGUCCAGUGUGAAUUUUGGAAAGAAUUAUGAUAAUGAUCAACUUUUAGCUGAUAUCGGAUCAGUGACAAUAGCAACGACUCAAACAGGUUAUCCAAGACAAACUGAGCGCACAUAUCAUCCGCAAGUACCAGCACGUCGAUACAUGGAUACAAAUGCCUUUAACUCAUAUGAAAAAAAACAUUCGAAAAAUUCGUCGCCUGAUGAUCAAUAUUCAUCAGUGAAGAGAAGAAAACACAAAACACGACAUCGUGUUCAGCCAUCAUCAACUAUUGAUGUUUCAGAAUCAUCUAAUACAAUGGAUAGGCAGGUCAAAACAGACGAUGAAGAUUAUGAUAAAUCAAAUGAAAAACUGCAAGAUGCAUUGAUAUUAACUGAUGAAGAUGAACGUGAAACUAGUGACACCAAACUUAAAUAA